UGGCGGGGUCUUGUGGUUUUUCCAGAUUGGGAUGCAAUUUACUGUUCAAAUCCCACGUCACCAGGAGGCGGCUACAGAAGUGCAUUGGGGCGCCUUUUCUUCAAGACCAAUGACAUGGUUCAGGCUAUUGAAGCUCCUGACUCCGUACGAAACAAAGUCUCCUUUAUUUUUGGGUUUCUUGAUGGAGAGGUCUCAUUGAAAGGUAAGCUGAAGGUCUUGGAUCAUCAAUGGAUUCAAGUAAUUUUUGAGCCACCUGAGCUGAGGGUAGGAGCAAUAGACUUCCGAUAUGGUGGCGAGAGCGAGGUCAAGCUACAGAUCACGUAUAUUGAUGAGAAUACCAGACUAGGAAAGGGCUCUAGAGGUUCUUUAUUUGUAUUUCGAAUGCGGCAGGGAGGCUCAACCAACACUUGAGACCCCUAUCCAGUGCCAAUAAUUGCCAAUGUUAUGAAACACAGCAAUUUGAGUUAGUAAUGGCAAAUUAAUCGGGCCAACUUUAGGGAUGUCAUAAUGCUCAGUUAGAUUAGCCAAAUAUUGGUUAAAUUCCUGAAUGCGAUC